AUGCUUUCUUUUUUUCUUCCAGCUACUUUUGGGGGACUUUUGCACUGGAGUCAUAUAGCAACACUUUUUGAAAAUGACUGUCACUUUUCUCACCUCUCCACGUUGGAAAGGGAGAUGAGUUUCCGCACUGAAAUGGGAUUUUAUUACUCUUUCUUCAAGACCCUAGUGGAAGCACCUUCAUUUUCUGAUGGAAUCUGGAUGAUUAUACAUGAUGAAGUAACAGAAUAUCCUCUUGUAAUCAAUUCGUUGAAACGCUUCAGUCUUUAUCCAGAGGUAGUCUUAGCCAGCUGGUAUCGCAUAUAUAAGGGAAUGAUGGAUAUUUUCGGCAUUCCAAGCAAGAUAUGUUGGACUGUUAGCAGAGGACAGGGGCUUAGUCCCAUUGAAAGCUGUGAAGGAUUGGGAGACCCAGCUUGCUUUUAUGUUGCUAUGAUUUUAUUUUUAAACGGACUAAUGAUGACAUUCUUCUUCAUUUAUGGAGCAUACCUAAGUGAUUACCCACUUGGAGGCUUAAUUGUAGUUGUGUGCUACUUUUUCAACCACGGUGAGUGUACCCGUGUGAUGUGGGCUCCGCCUCUUCGUGAAAAUUUCUCCUACCCAUUCCUAGUACUUCAGAUGUUGCUCGUAACUCAUAUUCUCAGGACUACAAGUAUUCAGAGAGGAAGCUUGGUUGCACUCGGCAUUUUCAAUGUCUUGUCUAUGCUUCCCUGGCAGUGUGCUCAGUUUGUUCUACUCAUUCAGAUAGCUUCGUUACUUCCUUUAUAUAUGCUGGGUUACAUUGAUCCCUACAAAUUGAAGAAGAUCAUUUAUGUGCACCUGAUUUCUCUUUCAAUUUGUUUCGCUCUGAUGUUUGGAAACACAAAGUUUUUAACCUCGUAUUUUGCCUCCUCUUUGGUAAUUACAUUGGGCUUGAUUGCAAUGAGAUCAAAAUUAUUAUACAUGGAUGUAUGUGAACGCCACUCAUGGGCUUUUCAGAGUUGUGUUUGGUUGUUUGGAAUAGCCCUUCUGAAGUUUUUGGUAUCUUUAAUCUUGGAUGCUUCCAACAGUAUUUGCAUAAUUGACCUGCUAUUAUACAAACUCUUCAAAUCCACACAUUUUGAUACAUUAAUAUACUACAGCUGUGCUCCCGAAUUUGACUACAUGGAUAAAGGGACUCCGUGGAGGUACACAAAGACUCUGCUACUCCCAGUUGUUCUGGUCGUUUUAGUUUUAAUUUUUAGAAAGACCCUUGGGGAUAUUUUUUAUUUGUCUAAGAGACGGACCAAUUUAAGAAAACAACGUUUGGACAAUGCAGAGCUGAUUUUUCAUGCCUUGCAGUUCUUAGCCUACGCUGUCAUUAGUGUGUUUAUCAUGAAGAUGAAGCUCUUUCUGACACCUCACAUGUGCAUUAUGGCUUCUCUGAUCUGCUCAACGCAGUUAUUUGGAUGGCUCUUUGGCAAAGUCCGUCGUGAGAAUAUUGUCUUUGGUAUUAUAGCGGCGAUGUCAAUUCAAGGUUGGAUAAAUCUUCAGAGUCAGUGGAGCAUAGUUAGAGAAUGCAGUAAUGAGCCACAGGAGGAACUUCUAAUGUGGAUCAACAGCAGCACCCAUCAAGGUGCCGUGUUUGCCGGCACCAUGCCCACCAUGGCAAGCGUGAAGCUCUCUGCUCACCGACCCAUCGUCAACCACCCGCACUACGAGGACACGGGCUCGAGGGCCAGAAUGAAAACCGUUUACUCCAUGUACAGCCGGAAACCGGCAAAGGAAGUGCAGCGUCAACUUUUAAACUUAGGUGUGAAUUACUACGUAUUAGAAGAGGCUUGGUGCGUAGUGAGAACUAAGCCAGGUUGCAGCAUGCUUGAAAUUUGGGAUGUGGAAGAUCCCGCCAAUGCUGGCAGAGCUCCUUUAUGUAACAUCUUAAUUCAGGACCCGAGGCCACACUUCAUCCCUGUCUUCCAGAAUAACGUUUACAAAGUUUUGAAAGUUACUAAAUGACGAUAAAGUAGUGAAACACUCCA